AUGAUUUUCGCGAAGCCGAUAUUGGCUUUGUUUCUAGUGGCAUUAUGUUAUGCGCAAUCAAAUUAUUAUCGUAUUAAAAGACAAGCGUAUCCACCUAAUCCAGCACCAUUCAAACCAAGAGCUGAAGAUUAUAAUUUGCCACCAUUUUAUCAGGUAUUUUUUCAUUUCUAGAAUUUUUUUCAAAUUUAUUAUGAGUUCAUAUUUUCAACAAAAACUCAAAUAAGGGUGUGAAGAUAAACUUCCGAAUACUAAAUAAAAUUUAACAUUGAAAAUUCAGAAUUCAUUUAGAAAUUCUUGAAAUUUCGAUUGAUUCGAACCAAAACUUGAAAAUAAUUAUGGCCAAUGGUCAAGAGUUCACGAAACGGCGAAAGAUUUGGUGUAUGCUGCUGAUCUACUAGUCUAAAAAAAAUUAGAGCCUACACAGUGAUUGUUUUCACUUUGCCAACUCUAAAUUUCAGCCAAACCCUGGUCGAGAUGCUUCAUCUUUAACACCUUUGUUUCCAUUCCACAGUCAAUUCAGUAAUGGAUUAGAUGUAAAUCCUGGAUCUCGUGUUACCGUCGAUGGAAAUUUGAAUAUUCCAAUAAUGGGUUGGGGAAUGUGGGAUUAUAAAGGAGGAGUUAAAGUUGGACGACCAAAUACACGUGUUGGAUUUGGAAGUUUGAAUGCACCAACUAAUGUUUUGGGAAUAUCAGGAGAUACAAUUGCUGCUUUAGCGAGAGAUGGAACAUUUCAACAAUCAAGACGUUAGUUUUUUUUUAAAUUUUUAGUCUUAAAAUUUUCAUGAUUUUCAGAAAAUGUUCCAUCAAUUCCUGUGGCUGUUUUGCCAGGAAACUUUGUACCCGUUAGAUGCCGUCCUCCUAUGUGUAAUCCAUUUGUUCAUAAUUUGGGACUUGGUUUGGAUAUUGAACCUGGAGAUGAUUACUUGUUUGAUGGAGGAUUUGAUUUCCCAAUUCCUUUGGCUCCGUCAGGUGUAGGAGUUCGAUUCCCAAUUAGUGGAGCAGUAAAUGUUGGAACUGAUCCAUUAGUUAUUACUUAUGGUCAUGGAAUGGGACCAGUUGAACCACCAGGUAAAACACUAUCAUUGUUUUUAGAUAACUUUAAUUUACAAUUUAAUUUCCAGGAUUCAAAUCAAAGAAAACUGACAGAGAGGACACUAUUCGUCGUCAACUAUCUGCUCAAUAA